AGAGAGAGAGAGAGAGAGAGCUUUAGGACACUGUUGUUCUCCAACAACAAUAGUAAGCCUUAUUCACAGUAUUUGUGGCCUCCCAGUACCAUUUGACCCUCAGAUGCUCUCGAAUCAGCCGACAGUGGAUUUUCUCCAACAUUUCAGCCUUUUGGAUACUAAAGCUAAAGCUUGAUCUCAUAUUAAAGUGGGGACAAUGAGCAGUUUGGAGGGUCUGAGGGCCAACUCCUCUCAGUUCACUCUGAGGGGGGAGCCCUUUCGCAUCCUGGGAGGCUCCAUCCACUACUUCCGCGUGCCCAGACCAUACUGGAAGGACCGGCUGCUGAAGAUGAAGGCCUGUGGUCUCAAUACUCUUGCAACAUACGUGCCAUGGAACCUGCAUGAGCCUGAGAGAGGAGCGUUUAACUUCCAAGAUCAGCUAGAUCUCAGGGCUUACAUCAGCUUAGCAGCAGAGAUAGGUUUCUGGGUGAUCCUACGGCCUGGACCUUACAUCUGUGCUGAAUGGGACUUGGGUGGCUUACCUAGCUGGUUGCUACAAGAUAAAGACAUGCAGUUGAGGACGACUUACCCUGGAUUUGUAAAUGCUGUCAACUUGUACUUUGACAAACUUGUCUCGGUUGUUAAACCCUUGAUGUUUGAAAAUGGCGGACCAAUCAUUGCUCUCCAAAUCGAGAACGAGUAUGGAUCAUACGCUAAAGACGACGAAUAUAUGCCUUUCCUAAAGAAUUGUCUCCAAUCCCGAGGGGUCAGUGAGCUCCUGCUAACAUCUGACAACUGGGAAGGCUUGGGAUACAGAGGGAUGGAGGGAGGUAAUUACAUCAUUUAUGACAGAACAUGCGGUAUCUUGCGUUUUCCGAUUAGUUAUAUGUUGCUCUUAAUGUCGUUGAAAAUAUUUGUGAAUUUGAUCCUUUCAGUUCUAAAAACAAUAAAUCUCCAGAGGCUGUCGUUUGGAGCCAUUCAGCACUUAGCAUGCCUGCAGCCCCAGAAACCUCUGAUGGUGAUGGAGUAUUGGUCUGGGUGGUUUGAUGUCUGGGGAGAGCUUCAUCAUGUGUUCCACGCAGAAGACAUGCUGGGUGUGGUGUCUGAGAUUUUGGCGAGAGGAGUUUCCAUUAACCUGUACAUGUUUCAUGGUGGGACCAACUUUGGCUUCAUGAAUGGAGCAAUGGACUUUGGCAUCUACAAACCAGUUACAACAAGUUAUGAUUAUGACGCUCCACUCUCUGAAGCGGGGGACUACACUACCAAAUUUGAAGCUCUGAGGGAUUUAUUCAGCCGGUACAACUCUGAAGCGCUUCCUGAGGUGCCUUCUCCUCUGGAGAGGACAGCUUAUGAGCCUGUGUUCACGCAGCAGUACCUGUCUCUGUGGGACAGUCUGCAGUUCACAGAGAAGCCGUGCAGGUCGGAGAGCCCGAUAAACAUGGAGAAUCUCCCGGUCAACAACAACAGCGGUCAGUCGUAUGGCUACACGCUGUACGAAACUACCAUCAGCAGCGGAGGAGCUCUUAACUCCGUGAACAACAUCCGGGACAGAGCACUGGUGUUCUUGGAUAGGCAAUAUGUAGGGUGUUUGGACCACAGGACUCAUGAAGUCGCACUGCCUGAUGCCAAGGGAGAGAGGACUUUGGCUGUGCUUGUUGAAAACUGUGGAAGAGUGAACUAUGGGAAAGCUCUCGAUAAUCAGCGCAAAGGUAUUGUGGGAGACAUUGAGCUAAAUCACACGCCCCUAAGAGGAUUCACCAUGUUCUGUCUAGAUCUAAAGCCAUGCUUUCUGAAAAGACUGUCAACUUCAGGUCAGUGGAAAACCGACUACAAGUCACCGCCGGUCCCAGGGUUUUUCCAGGCCAAGCUCGUUGUGGACGGCCUCCCGAAAGACACCUUCAUCAAACUCCCUGAUUGGGGUAAAGGGGUUGUGUUUGUCAACGGCCAGAACCUUGGUCGUUACUGGCUCAUCGGACCCCAGCAGUUCCUUUAUCUCCCAGGGCCUUGGCUCAGAACUGGAGAGAAUCAGAUCAUUGUUUUUGAAGAAGAAAAAGUUGAUGGCAAAAUUUUGUUUUCUGAAACUCCUGAUUGUGGAAAGACUAUUGAUGUUUACAAACUUCCCUUUUGCAGUCUGCUGUAAAUAUUAUCCACAGAUAAAUGCGUUACUGUGACUGAACAUUAAUGGGGAAUUAGACGCACCAGUUAACACACUAGUGGUGUGAUUCUCCUUUGUGGCAGUUUAACUAAUUUUAUUCAGAGCUAAAUGUUUUUUUGCUAUUGUUGCUUCUGUGCCAUACACUGCAACGCUUUCCAGAAUUAAAGAGACUUUCCGGCAGAGUAAACAUUUUUUAAACACAUGUACACUGACAAUAAAAAUACAAUUUAGUGAUGAAGUGUGCAUUUCCACUGCUGGAUCUUCAAUAAAUACAAGGUUUAUAAUGAGCCCAGCAAAGAUAAAAUUAAAGAAAUCUGCUUUUGUGAUUUUGUUGUUGUUGAUUACCUCACAAGAGGAUCAAGAAUAAAGCGAAUCCUUCAGCGAUCAUUGAAUAAUUUUGGAUCAUUUUGAGUGGAUGGGUAUGGUUUCAUAACGGUGUUUAUAAAACACAGCUUCAAACCAGCAAAACUUUAAUUUACUUCAACACAAGCCACUGCCUGGGGCCAACUCUUCAUGCUUUCCGUGUUUUCGCCUAUGCUUCAAAUGUUUUCUGCAGCUAAAACAGAUAAACAACCUUGACAGCUUCGAUUAAAAACACAUAAAUAUAUUAUUAACUAAUCAGUUGGUUUUGCCUUAGUGAUGUUAUAAGACGCGUGUCUGCGUAGCAAUUUGUUGUUAAGAGGAUGCAAUUUGUCUGGAUUAAAUUACUCAAAACUGAGCAGCAACAUGAAUAGACAACUUGACCAUGUCACCCAGAGUUUUACAUCUAGAGUGACUC